ACGAGUUUUUUUUAUAUGGUGUUAAAACUGUGGCAGUUUAAGUUAAUAAUACAUAAAAGAAAAUCCCAGGUGCACAUCCACAAAGACAAUUUGCGUGAGACUGUUUCAGUUACUGUGGGGCCAGGCACCCAUACUGCUCAACAGGAACAGGGAAUAAUACCAACGGAGAGAGUCAAAAUGAGCCAGGUCACAGAUUGGAGGCGGCAGAAAUGCCCCAUUGUUAUAGAGACAGGAAGAGCAUCAGGGAAUUGAUGGUCAUUCCAGGUUCCAGCACUCUGCCCAGUCAGGAGAUGAUUUCUCUGUCCAACUUGGGUUGAACAUCACUGUAACAGUGUGAUACCAGAUCAAACCUUGGCAACUCAAGAAUUCUCAUCUGAAAUGUGGUCCUAAAUCCAUUGAUGGAUUUUGUAAAUCUUUUCACAGGAUAAAAAUGAGAAGGAAUUUGUCACCGGGAAUCUCAAACACAGUCCGCCAGUUUUGCUGUCUCUGUCUGGAUAUUUAAGAAGUGGAGCAAGGAUAUUCAAUCAACCAUCCUUCCUGCUCAGACUGUGGGGAGGGAUUUAUUCGGUCAUCUCAUCUGAAGGUACAUCAGCAAGUUCACACUGGGCAGGGCCAUUCACCUGUUCUGUGUGUGAAAAAGGAUUCAGUUGGUCUUCCCGCCUGUGGACACACCAGUCAGUUCACACCACACCGGGCGGAGGCUGGUGAUCUGUUGAAUUUCUGGGAAAGGAUUCACUCAGUCAUUUGACCUAAUGGCUCACCAGCAAGUUCACACUGGGGAGAAGCCAUUCACCUGUUCAGUCUGUGGGAAGGGAUUCACUCAGGCAUCCAACCUACGGAGACAUCAGCGAGUUCAUACUGGGGAGAAGCCAUUCACCUGCUCAGAAUGUGGGAAAGGAUUCAGUGAGUUAUCCAGCCUACUGAGACAUCGGCGAGUUCACACUGGGGAAAAGCCGUUCACCUGCUCAGAAUGUGGGAAAGGAUUCCGUGAGUUAUCCAGCCUACUGAGACAUCAUCGAGUUCACACUGGGGAAAAGCCAUUCACCUGCUCAGAAUGUGGGAAAGGAUUUACUGAUUCAUCCACCCUCCAGAGUCAUCAGCGACUUCACACUGGGGAGAAGCCGUACACCUGUUCAGAAUGUGGGAAGAGUUUUACUCAGUUAUCCCAAGUACAGAGUCAUCUGCGAGUUCACACUGGGGAGAGGCCAUUCACCUGCUCAGACUGUGGGAGCAGAUUCACUCAUUUAUCCAGCCUACAGAGACAUCAGCGAGUUCACACUGGGGAGAAGCCGUUCAUCUGCUCAGAAUGUGGAAAGGGAUUCAUUCAGUUAUCCCACCUACAGAGUCAUCAGCGAGUUCACACUGGGGAGAAGCCAUUCACCUGCUCAGACUGUGGGAAGAGAUUCACUGAUCCAUCCAACCUACAGAGUCAUCAUCGAGUUCACACUGGGGAGAAGCCGUUCACCUGUUCAGAAUGUGGGAAGAGAUUCACUCAGUCAUCCCAACUACAGAGUCAUAAGCGAGUUCACACUGGGGAGAAGCCGUUCACCUGCUCAGUCUGUGGGAAGAGAUUCACUCAUUCAUCCACACUACAGCGACACCAGCGAGCUCACACUGGGGAGAAGCCGUUCAUCUGUUCAGUCUGUGGGAAGAGAUUCACAGAGUCAUCCCACCUAUUGAGCCAUCAGCGAGUUCACACUGGGGAGAAGCCAUUCACCUGCUCAGUCUGUGGGAAGAGAUUCACUGAUCCAUCCAGCCUACAGAGUCAUCAGCGAGUUCACACUGGGGAGAAGCCGUUCACCUGUUCAGAAUGUGGGAAGAGAUUUACCCAGUCAUCCCAACUACAGAGUCAUCAGCGAGUUCACACUGGGGAGAGGCCGUUCACCUGUUCAGAAUGUGGGAAGGGAUUCACUCAAUCUUCCACCCUACUGAGACAUGAGCGUGUUCACACUGGUGAGAAGCCGUUCAAUUGCGCAGAAUGUGGGAAACGGUUCACUCUGUCAUCCCACCUUCUGGAACACCAGCGAGUUCACACUGGGGAGAUGCCGUUCCCCUGCUCAGAAUGUGGGAAGAGAUUCACUCAGUCAUCCCACCUACAGAGUCAUCAGCGAGUUCACACUGGAGAGAGGCCAUUCACCUGCUCAGACUGUGGGAGCAGAUUCACUCAUUUAUCCAGCCUACAGAGACAUCAGCGAGUUCACACUGGGGAGAAGCCGUUCAUCUGCUUCGUCUGUGGGAAGAGAUUCACUGAGUCAUCCAGAUUACUGGAACAUCAGCGAGUUCACACUGGAGAGAGGCCAUUCACCUGCUCAGAAUGUGGGAAGAGAUUCACUUGCUCUUCCACACUACAGAGACAUCAGCGAGUUCACACUGGAGAGGAGCCAUUUACCUGCUGAGAAUGUGGGCAAGGAUUCACUCAGUCAUCCCAACUACUGGCACUCCAGUCAGUUGUUAUGAAUCCCUAGGUUUUGUUUGCUGUGGACUGUCAUUUUAAGAGAGAGAGAUUAAGAAGAUGAAUCAGUCUGACUUGCAGCUUGUUUACAUCACUCCCAGCUUGUUUAGUUUUAGCUGAGGACACAGACACUCAGAGUCAGGAGAUGAAAUGGAAGGAUCUAUACAAGGGAAAUAGGUGCCAAGGGUCACUGUUUGGAAUUUCCCUAUGCCCACAAAAGUGGGUUAAUUAUCGAUUCAGCGUACACAAAUGUGUGGUUGUCACGUCGUUUGAUCCGUAUGAGUGGAUCUGAUUUGGGGUAUCCUAUGAAGACCACUGAUGUGUUAACCCUUGCCUGUGUGUGGUGUGGUAAUUCAUUUGAAGACGAUACCCCUUGUGACAAGUCACUUUGGGUGAUAAUUAGUAUGUGGAUUUGGAAGGAUGACAGAUAAAAUCUGCAGUGACUGUUCUCUUGUUUUACCACCAUGGAACCUGUGGAAUUUGACAUAAUUGCCUUCCCUUUACAUUUACCCUGGAUUACAAAUAUCUCUCUCAUCAGUUAUUCCGUGGCUGAACUGAACUUUCAUAAUUUACCAUCUCAAGACUCCAGACCUUGGUUCCCCCAUGCUCAAUAGUUUUGGAUUUAUACUUACACACAUAUAUAAACAUAACACUGUUAACUUUUGUUUAUCUUGCUUAAGUUACUAUAUUAUAAGUACAUUCUAAUAAAGGUAGUUUUAACAUCAAAAACAGA